AUGGAUUCUGAAAGCUCAAGUGCACCCAGGGCAGGCUCAGCGUCAGAGAAAGAGGACCAGAUGGUUGUACAGAGCUUCAGCUGUCGAAGUGGAGAACUCGUCAAGGCUCUGGUCCUGGAGAUGGCCGAUUAUGAACUUUGGAUCACGGAAAAGCUUCUGCAACGCUUUGGCCUUUCGAAGUCGCGCGCAUUUGAGCUUGCUGUGAAGAAUCUGGAGGAGGCAACUCCUUCGCCUCUUGAGAGCCAUCUCGCUAUCCUUGGAAAGCGACAAGACUCGGAAGCUGUCAACAAAAGGUUGAAGCAAAGCAAUUACGAAAUCUGCUCUGUCAAGGCUUAUGAAUGGGGUCCCGUCAUCGUUUGGGUGACGAAGCUUCGCAACGAUCAGGGCCUGGUGGAGCUCGAGCCCUACCCGUUGUGGGGGGGUACUUUGGGACUGCAGAUCUGGGAGGGGCCAGUCAGAAAGUGCUUGUACCCCAUGCCCAAGACCAGAGAUGAAUCGGAGAUCCUCGACCCGUACAAGGCAGAGGAGCGGGGAUCCGUAUGCGAGCUGGUGGAGGAGUCCAGGUGCUUCGCAGACGUCUGCUGGAAUUGCAGGAAGAAGCCUGAGGGUGCUCAGCUGCUCAAGUGCGGCAAGUGCAAAGACGUGAAGUACUGUUCCGAAGAGUGCCAAACGCUGAGUUGGCGGAAGGACCACAAGCUCGAGUGCGAUGCACGGAAGCAAGCAGCGCAAGGGUCCCGGACGGUCAAGGAUGGCAAAAAGGAUAAAGGGGCACAGAAAGCGCUGAAGGAUCAUCAGAAGGAGCUCGGAGAGAGGCUUGCCCAGACAAUAGCGGAGAACCUUAGAGACGUCAUCUAG